AUAAAAAGGUGAGGGCAGAGGCACACCGUCAGAGCCCUGCGAGGAGCACGUCCCCAGGCACCCCAGCUGUCUGCCCGCUGCAGAGAUGGUGCAAGCGACUCCCUUCCUCCUGCUGCUCAGCCUGGCCCUGGUGGCUCCCGGCCUCUGCGCAAGAAAGUGUGUGCUGACCGGGGACUGGAAAAAUGACCUGGGCUCCAACAUGACCAUCGAGACUCUGGAUGAAGGUGGCAAAUUCACUGGCACCUACAACACGGCAGUGAGUGACACAAGCAAGCCGAUCCAGCCGUCACCACUGGUGGGGUUUCAGCACGUCGUGACCGAGAGCAGGCAGCCCACCUUUGGUUUCACCGUCCAAUGGAACUUUACAGACUCCAUCACCGUCUUCACGGGCCAGUGCUUUGUGGAUGAGAAUGGAAAGGAGGUUUUGAAGACCAUGUGGCUCCUGCGGUACCAUGUGGACAACAUGAAGGAUGACUGGAAAGCCACCAGGGUCGGCACCAAUGUCUUCACCCGCCUGGAGUGACAGAAGGAGAGGGGGUGUCAGCACGGGGGUGCCCCUGCUGGUGGCAGGGCCUGUUGUGUGGGCACCUCUCCCUGCCCCACCACCUGCUUCUCCCAGUAAAGCUGUGCUGUAAACACAACCAACCAUGCGAACAAACCAACCAAACAGUGUGCCCUAGUGACUAUUUAACUAGCACAAUAAAUGCAUCUAACAAAUUCAUUGCAA